GACAAUGAAUAGCACCGACAAUGUACUCCUCUCAACUCUUGUAUAUUUUGAUAGAAUUGAUAACAUUUCUGCAAACAUGACCAUAAGUCUAACAGUGGCAACAUCUGGCAUGAGAAAUGGAACAAAUGUCACUUGCAUUACUUUAGUUGCGAAUGAUGAGUGUAAAAUGACUGCUACCAUCUAUGAUACAGAUGUGCCUAAAUCUAUUAAAGCAGUAGGUGUUGUAAACCGAGAGAAGGACACAGUAGUACUAGAGCUAGGAGAUAUGUUUGAUGGAGGAGGAGUUCCAAUUGAUCACUACAUUAUUCAAGUGGACAAUGGCACACAGUUGGAAACUCCAGGCCCCACUUACAGUUUUGACAUCAUGUACAAUACUACACUGUCAGUGAACAUCUCAGCCCACAACUGUGCAGGAUACAGUGAUCCCUUACCACUUGAGAUACAGUAUGAUGAAGGUGGAGUUCUUUUGUGAAAUAUUGUGAUUUUACCUGACACAAUACUCUGCUGGGGCACUUAUUGUCAUCACAAUAUCUGUUGUACUCGUUUUUUUGCUUAAAAGGACAUGUAGUAGCUACAGACAGCAGGAGAAGUGUGAUGUGGUGGAGAACUCUGCUUAUGGUGUCCAUGUUCAAGGCUCAGCUGGUGAUAGACUGGAGCCAGACUACAACAUGGAGAACAACCCACUGUAUGAGAUGAGGAUACUGUCAAAUGAGGGACACUCACACAAGACACAAACACCAGCUCCAGUCCCUGUGUAUGAGACUGUUGACAGUGCAAAGCCUCUAUAACCUGUUUCCUCAUUCAUACAUUUGUACACAACAUGUGUAUUGAAAACAUC